UGGCAACAAAACUAGGAGGGGAAGGUGAGUGGCAUCUGGAAUGAACUUUGACUGUAAGGUGGGAUUCAGCUCCUGGAAAAUAUGCUAGAAGCAUGCACAAAGCUCAUGCAGGAAGUCGUCCUCCUGGUUCUCCUGGGGGCCAUGUCAGGGGGAGAGGCACUACACCUCAUCCAUGUACCUGCUACAAGCAAUGUGGCAGAGAAUUCUCCACCUGAGACUUCAGUGCACAAGUUUUCUGUGAAAUUAUCAGCAUCGCUGUCUCCUGUGAUGGCAGGGUUUCCCCUCAUCAUCAACUCAAGUCCCCUCACAGAAGCCUUCAGGGUGAACUGGCUGUCAGGCACUGACUUUGAGGUUGUCACCACUGGGAAGGAACAACUGGAUUUUGAAACAGGACCAAACAUAUUUGAAUUGCAGAUUUACGUUAAGGAUGACGUUGGCGUCACUGACCUACAGGUCCUGACUGUCCAGAUAACAGAUGUGAAUGAGCCACCUCAGUUUCAUGGCAACUUGGCAAAAGGUCUAUACCUCUACGUAGUGGAAGGAGCAAAUCCUGGCUUCAUUUACCAGGCUGAGGCCUUCGACCCAGAAGACACAAGCCGAAACAUACCCCUCAGCUAUUUCCUGACUAAUCCCUCAAAGAACUUUAGAAUGUCUGCUAAUGGGACCCUCUUCUCUACCACAGAAUUUGACUUUGAAGCAGGACACAGCAGUUAUCAUCUCAUUGCCGAAGUGAGAGACAGCGAAGGGCUCAAAGCCUCCACAGAGCUCCAGGUGAACAUUGUGAACAUCAAUGAUGAAACCCCUCGCUUCACCAGCCCAAUUCGAGCAUACAAGAUUCCUGAGGAGCUGAGGCCAGGAACCAUUGUGGCCAAUAUCACAGCUGAGGACCCUGAUGAUAGAGGUUUUACCAGCUUCCUCCUCUACAGCAUCACUACUGUCAACAGCUAUUUCAUGAUCAAUCAGUUGACUGGUACCAUCCAAGUGGCACGCAGGCUGGACCGAGAUGCAGGUGAAUUAAGACAAAACCCCACCAUUUCUCUGGAAGUCCUGGUGAAGGAUAGACCCUUUGGGGGUCAGGAGAAUCGCGUGCAGAUAACCUUCAUUGUGGAAGACAUUAAUGACAAUCCUGCCGCCUGCUCCACGUUCACCUUCAGCAUUAUGGUGCCUGAAAGAGCAGCCAAGGGGAUGUUGCUUCUGGACCUGAACAAGUUCUGCUUUGAUGAUGACAGCAAAGCACCGAACAACCAAUUCAACUUCACGGCGCCAUCUGGAGUGGGCAGCAGCAGGUUUGCACAGGCUGCAGCUGGCUCCGGGAAAAUUGUGUUGAUUGGUGAUCUAGAUUAUGAAAACCCAAGUAAUCUAGCAGUCGGCAAUAUAUACACGGUGAUAAUCCAGGUGCAGGAUGUUGUGCCUCCUUACUACAAAAAUAACAUCUACAUUUAUUUCAUAACAAGCCCAGAAAACGAGUUUCCUCUUGCCUUUGAAAGGUCAUCCUACAUAUUUAACGUGUCAGAAUUAAGCCCAGCAAGAACCCGGGUUGGACAGGUGCAAGCGGCUGACAAAGACUUGCCCCAAAGCAGCACUGUGUACUCCAUCACCGCCGGAGGGGCCAGCCUCCAGCACCCAAAUAUAUUUUGGAUUAAUCCCAGAACGGGAGAACUCCAGCUGGUGAUGAAAGCAGACUAUGAAACAACCCCCGUCUAUAUUCUCAGAAUCCAGGCCACCAACAGUGAGGACACGAGCUCAGUCACUGUUACUGUGAAUGUCCUCGAAGAAAAUGAUGAAGAGCCAGUUUGUAUCCCAAACUCCUAUUUCCUGGCCAUCCCAGUGGACCUGAGAGUUGGCACAAACAUUCAAAAUUUCAAGCUUUCGUGCACUGACCUCGAUUCCAGCCCCAAGUCUUUUCGUUACUCCAUUGGUCCAGGCAACAUCAACAGUCAUUUCACCUUCUCUCCCAACGCUGGAUCCAACGUCACAAGCCUGCUCCUUGCAACACGCUUUGACUAUGUUAGUGGGCUUGAUAAGCUCUGGGACUACAAAUUACUUGUCUACAUAACAGACGACAACUUGCUCUCUGGCAGGAAGAAAGCUGAGGCUCGCAUUGAAACAGGGACAGUGACACUGAGUAUUAGUGUCAUUCCUCAUCCAACCACAACUGUCACCACAACCCCCAAGCCCAGGAUUAUCUACCAGGUCCUGAGGGAAAACGUUUACUCUCCAUCGGCGUGGUAUGUGCCUUUUGUCACCACUCUGGGCUCCAUAUUGCUUCUGGGCCUCCUGGCAUCCCUGCUCAUCCUGUUGGCCAAAGCCAUCCACAAACACUGUCUCUGCAACACUGGGAAGCACAGAAAAGCUGUGGUGAAGAAACAAGAAAUGAAGGAUACCAAGAGAGAGGUGGUGGUGGAAACAAUCCAGAUGAACACUGUCUUUGAUGGAGAAGCCACAGACCCAGUUACCGGGGCAGUAUAUGAAUUCAACUCAAAAAGUGGAGCCCGAAAGUGGAAAGAUCCAUUAACUCAAAUGCCAAAAGAGUCCAGACUGGAGGGAGCUGCUCAGAGUAGAGCAGCCGCUGGGGAAAGAGCCAGGCCACCCAGGAGCUCCGACAAGGUAGGAGACAGGCCCAAGGGCAAAGUGCAGGCUGAGGAUGCAGGCUGGGGGGCCAGAAACCAGGAUGGCAAAUCAGGCACCCCCAAGAACAGAGACGCAGCCCUCUUGAGCAGGGCGUCCCCCAAACUGCACCCAGGAAAGUAAGUGGCGUCUGUCUGGUUGCCCGUGUGCAGGGGGCACAGGGGAGUCCCCUUGACUGAAUGUGGGUUGCUGCCUCCCCUAAAUGCUGUGAAGAUAGGGGCGGGGGACCCCUGAGGUUGGAGAUGUGAGCCUAGGAACUCACCUAGGGUCCCAAUGGGUGUUUAUAAUUAAUGGGAAGGGGUCUGAUUGCCUAAUUGCUUUUUUUCUGAGAUGGCACAGCAGAGAUCUCUCUAAGGUCUCUGUGCCUCUGGUCGGUCGAACUGUCAGCUUCUGGAUUCAGAACUGUUUUGUUUCCUUUGCACUUACUGUUAGGAAGCUCCAUUUGGGGCAUCCCUAGGAGGUGCACAGGGCUUCCUGACAGGAGUCCUGAAGACGGUCCCCCCACCUGGUCUGAUCUUAUUUCCCAGCUCGUGUUUUAGUAUCACCUCGAUUUCUUCACAGACACAGCUCAAGACCAUACACCUUUGUGAGUCACCUCCAAUCUUUUCCCAAUGAAGCAGAGCUGGGAAAAAUUUAAAAAGAUGAGCAAAUAAUGAGUUGUUUAUUGGGAAGAAGAAAACUCAAUAGACACAUUCUUUUUAUUCUUUAUUUUAAUUGAGGAUUAACAUAUCCAAUACAAUGCCCAGAUCUAAGGUAUUCAGCUUGACAUUAGGCUCCCUCCAGAGGCAACCAGAGGCUGAUUUUUGUCAUAGGCUAGUUUUGCCUUUUUGGAAUGCCAAAUGAAAUCACAUGCAAUGUGU